AAAGAAAAUGGCGGACAGCGGAGCAAAGAAAGCGAGUGUGGAGUUUUUUCAGCAUUUAAUCAGUUCUCCGGAAAGUUGUAUGGAUGACAAAGUAUGUGUGGUGGGGAUUUUCGGCAAAGACAACAUUGGCUACAAGUCGAAAGCUGUACAUCUGAAUGGAACCAUUGGAAAAGAAGUUUUCAAGAUUGACUUUCUAGAUGGUACAUUCAAGAAGAAGGAUACAGAUGAAUUUUCAUGUGACAUUAAUGUCUAUCAUGAUGUAGAACAGAGGAUCAUUUAUUUACACCUUGUAUCUGUGUAUGAUGUGUCAAGACUGUUACAACUUUGUAAACAAGCUCCACAAGAUGCUCAGAAUGCAGCAUGUCAUCAGUAUUGGAUGUCCCAUGAAUUUUACUAUGCCUGUGCAAUGAUGUUCCUGUUCUCUGUCUCUCACAUUGUUGUUCUUUUGCAUCCGUCGCAGACUUUUGAUCUAAAUUACAUCAGGCUGUUUCGCACAUUGGCUUCAACAAGACACCAGUUACUGCCUCAGAUAUCCCAGCUGUUAGCUGGUGUGGAUGGCAUUCCUGACAUUUGGAGGCAAACUGGACGGCCUUGUAUUCCCAGACUGGUGUGUUCCCUGAGACAGCGUGUUCCUUUCAGGGAUCCUUCACAAGUGUCAGGAAAAAGCCAGGUUACGUAUGCCAGCAAGACAAAGGGAAAGCAGCAAAUCAUCACCCCACAAAAGAAACUUCAGCAUUCUGUAGAGGAUCAGCUUUACAGCAUAAUGAGAAAGGCCAGGCUCCUAGGAAGUCUUAGUUCAAGUUCCCUGUUCACUGUAAACUCAAGCCACGCCUUUGUUCACGUGCAGCCAUGCUCAACCAACUUUGACCCCGUCGCAGUUCUCCUAAACACUCUGGCCAAACCGGCUAUUAACACUAAAUGGGUGGAGACGAGCCCUCUUCUGAAGAAUAGCAAAUUCCUUAAGAGAGAAUUCUUAGAGUCAGGAGGGGACAGUGAGGCAUAUUCCGCGGAUGACGUGUUGUUCCGAGACUACUUGAAACAGCAGAUUGAUCACUUGAUGACCGGAGAUGCUGGACGGGAUGGAGUGGCUGAAGGACGCAGAGGAACUCAUGUAGAGGUUCCAUCUUGCCGUCUGUGGGCACGUGUAUCGUUUGCCCUCUAUGAAUUUUUCUUGACUCCAAAGAGUGAAUUGACUGCUCCUCUCAACGCGAUGGUAUCUAACCUGGAUCUCGACAUGAAAUUCUCUGAGGCCUACUGCCACAUUUACCUCACUUCAGUGGGAGGAUAUUCUGGGAUGACCUUUAUGGGCCAUCCUCGCAAAGGGAGUUUUUGCCUCAAAAACGUUACUUGUANAUUUUGUGCAUUUUCUCCUCAGUACCACCGGGUCCCUGCGGAAGGAGAGGUGCCCUCCGACCCAGUCUCCGAGGAAUCUAAGGAGCUCGGAGUUACUCCAUGUAAGCCUCACUCAAGUCGUAUCACCAGUUUCAGUGCAUGCAACUGUGGAAGGAUACAAGAUCACAGAGAAGAUCCUUUUGAUCUCAAGGCAGCCAACGUGGACUUCUUCAAAAUGCUUCAGUCAAAGUGUUGUUUUUCGCUGGUUCAUCUGUUCUUUCCAUUUCAUCCAAUCUCUCUCUCUUCAAAAAUCUCCCACAAAACCUCAACGGAAAUGUCAGAUGAGGCCCCCCUCUUGGAGAUGCCAUCAGAGACAGUUAGUCCUAUGAGAGAAGAGGUCAAAUCCGGGGAGGGUGGUGGUGAGGGGCAACCGAGUGACGAGACGUCUAACAGUGAGACGCCCGCUGUACCAGUUGCCCCAACAACUGGAUCUAUUCCCAUUCCAAACUCGGGCGUCCCUGCCAGAACGGACAAUUUGGGAAGCCUGGGGCACAGUGUCAGUUCUGCAUACGGGGCUAGUGGGUACCAAUCUACGCUCGAGAUGAUGAGUCAUGAGGGCUCUGAAUUUAGGAGUAUGCCAUCCGAGUUCAAGAGUGUUGUAUCCGUGGGAAUUCCGGGAGAAAUGAGCAUGGGGAAUUCCCAAGAUGUCCUCUCCGCGGUGGGGGAGCACGUUCCCGACUUGCACUCUUUCGAACGAUUUUCGUCGCGUGAUGAAAUGGAACAGAUCUAUCUAGAAACCAUGUUGAACAGUGAUUCACCUCCUGGUAUUCUACCCCGCUUUCCCUCCUGGUCGCUCUGUCGUCUGGGAAGCGCAAGUACCUACAAUCCCGCCAAAGGUCUAGACCAGCCGGGAUUUUUCCCGAACAGCAACUAUUUGUUGGCUUGGGACAUUCCUUUGCUGAAUGAAAGCCAGUCCGAUUUAACGAGCCAAUUUGAUGGAAAGGGUAAGCACUUGGGGUCUAAGCAAAUGACUGAAGAGGCGUGGCCGACGCUGAACGAGCUCCCUUCCGCCGGAAGUAAUGUUUCGUCACUUCCUUUGCACCAGGCUCUGACUUAUGCUCGUCGCCAGUGUUCAGAUUAUAAAGCAAAUUCCCUUCCAUUGAUAUCGAGUGCAACAACAGGGAAAGGCGCGUCUGGAGCCUCUCGGCAGCGUGGUAGGACCUCCCGUGAAGGGGCACUACCGACAGUGAGAGCCUAUAUAGGACAAGAAUAUGAGUGCCCUAGAGGACAUCGGUUUAUCUGCUCAGGCCCGGACAAGAUGGUGAAAGCGACCAGUUCCGGUCACGUGAAGGAAACAGCCCUAAAGCUAGUGACGUCAGACAUGCCUCUCUAUUUUCCAUGCCCCUGUCGCUCAUCGAAACCUCUAAUGGCUCAAAUGAUGCGUGUCUUUAUAGUCACACCCGAUUCACCCGUACUCGUGACCCUUAACCCGAGGGUCCAACCUUCCCUUCCGCCAUGUCCUGUGUUUUACCCCGGUAUAAAUGCGGGUGUCACCCUUCCCCCAGGAAGCUUCUGCGUUUUGAGAUUACCGUACGUGUACGUCUCAGAUCUCGGUCCAAUUCUACCGCCAGGUGACUCGCAACCGUUGUUGUCGUGUCGUGUGUUGAAGGGGUUAUUUUCCGUAAUGGGGCUUGUUCAGGAUACUCCAAGAGAAAACGUUGUCGAGGGAAGACGCUGAGUCUCAACUAAAGAUCUUCAUUGGUUCCAAUCGUCGAAGUUGUCGGAGAGACUUCCCCUCGCGAAGGCAGAAAGAAGACAAAAUAAGAGUUUGACCUGGUAGUUACUUAUUGUCGCCUCGUAAUUAGCGCAGAUUGUUACGUUAGGGUGAGUGAGGGGCACAAUUCACUGCCGCACUGCCGCCAAGCAAAUGUAACUUUUGGUUUCGUGUUGUUGAAUGUGACUUGUUACACAUUUCUCGCGGAGCAGACGGAAGGAAGAUUUUGUUACAAGCACACGACGAAGCCUAGUUUGAUCUGACGUCUGAGUUAAAUUGGUUACUGGUCGUUUCGUACCCAGUUAGUUCAGUCGUUUCGUACCCACGGUUGUAACGUACCCAGUCCUUUCGUGCCCAAAUAGGUCGUGUCGAACCCAAACUAAUAAAGUAUGUUUUCGAUGUUAACAAA